CAGAGGACGCCACAAUUUUACCUGGGAAUCGCCUCGAAGGGAACCGGAGAACGAGCAGCCCGGGGAAAGAGGCGAAGGAGAACCACGGGCGCAGUCACGAAGACCGAGACCGAGUAGUCCCCACCCGAGAAGGUCUUACCUACCUACCUACUUGCUCGCCACCGUCUUGGGAGUUGGAAACUCGGCGAAUCGCGGCCCGAUCGCACUCUCCGCUAACAGUUUACCGACAACCGUUGCUAGAGACAACCGUUGACGACUAAAACUACCGCGUGCGAGGAGGUCCGCGUUAACCGUCAUUAUCGUAGCGAGUUCGACAGCAAAAGAAUCUAUACGUCGUUCGAAAAGUUGGAAAUCGGCGGAUCGCGAGCUGUUACGUUCGAAGGAAAAAUUUCUUUUCCUUCGAAAAGAAAGCGUCGAAAAAACAAAAAAAGAGAAGAAGAAGAAUUUAGUUCAGAGUGAUUUUGCGUCGGUAGCGAUACUGUAUCUGGUCCAUGGUGAAGUGCAACGUUUCAUCGCUCCAGGAAAUAACGAUGUGAAGAAUUUUCUUUCGCGGGGAUCUAGAAGAAGGGUACGCAACAGCGAUAAAAGUGUUGGACGAAUCGAUAUCCGUUAUCUCCUCCACCCUUCGAUCGUCUCGUUUCUUUUUGGUAAUAAUUCUGAAUCGGAGGUACCAUACCUCGUGAGUGGAAGGAGCUCCAGCGGUUCGCCGAUCGGCGAUUAAAUGGACGAGGUGAACGGAAUGACAGUCUCUUCGCCACUGCAACCAAAGGCACAGAGCUGCACGGUAACCGGUCAAGAUGCGCGCCAGACGACAAUCUCGAUCCAGACGAGCCAGAUCCUCUCCCUCCCCGUGAUACCGGUCGGUGGUCCCAGUCCAGGGGCCGGAGCAACGGUAUUUGUCGGUGGCACAGUGCCACCAACCUCGGGAUCGGUCUGGCAAGUUCCGGUAGUACAAAAGUCGAACGGUUAUCAGUCGCACCUGCAACAUCAACAGCCGCAGGAACACCACCUUCAAAGCCAGACGCAACCGGCCCACGUAGUCAAGAUCAGGAUAAAUCCCGAAGACUCGGUGGCUGGCAAGGUCGUGUCCACCGUGCGGGUCACGCUAGACGAUAACGGUGGCGGCGUAAGCGGCACCAACAACGCGAACGACAACGCGAACAACAACAACAACAACAACAACAACAACAUUCACAAAAACAACAACAACGACCAAAGCAAUAACAAUAACAGAAAUAACAGUAACGGUAUACAGUCGAACGGGGUUCAGGUGCAGAGCAGUGCGGGUAGUAACGUUGUGAACGGUAUCGGUAGUGAUCAGGCUUGUGUCAGAAUAAGUGUUGUCGGCAACAACGAAGUGGACUCUCCGCGGGCCGAGGAAAUGAUCGUACAACGUGAUAUUCCGGGCGCGUUAACAUCACCCGCAAGCAGGUCGAGUUCCUGCUUUUAUUACAGUACGUUUCAGAACUCGAUCAGCACGAUGGUCAUGUCCUCGGGUCAGUGUUCGCCGAGCGACACUCUCGACAGUGGUACGUGCAGCGAUCUCGACGGUACGCCGCCACCCUUGCCUAAGAAAAAAAAUGCUAGUCCCAUCAGCAGCACCGUUAUAUUGGGUGCGGGUCAGCACAACCGGACCGGGAGUCUGACCAGCAGCGGUGCCGAUAUAGACAGCGACGAUAACGAGAGCAACGUGAGUUGCGACUCGCUCAACAGCAGCGAGUUGAACGCAGCUAACGACCUUCGGAAGAGCGGCGGCGGUAACGUUGCGAAAUUCAAAACCACCAAAUCACUGGACGUGGUGGAACGUACGGAGGAGGAACUGGACGAGCAAUCGCUCAACGACCACGAGGAGAUCAAUCUAGAUGCCGAUAAUCUUCGCACUCGGCGGCAACUCGAUACGCCGUCCGACGUUAUUGGAAACACCGAUAACGAGGGACCGGAUUACGAUAGUCAAUCAAUUCCAGCGUCCCCCGCGAUCAGUUCCAGUUCGCAGCUAGACCGUGUUACAUUGCCGAGUUCGUCGCCAACCGAAACAACGGCGUACGUAUCGUCGAAACCGUCCGGCACUCCGCGGGUGCAGAGUCCCGACGGUAAUCGGGAUAUCAGGAGGUCGCCGCCGAUGGUGAAAGAGUGCGCGUACGAGGACAUUAAGAUGGAACGGAUGAGGCUCCAGAACGAAACCGCCGCCGCCGAUUAUUACGCUAACUUUAACCGGGGGAACGGGACCAAGUACCUCUACGACGACGACAGGUUUUACAAGUUCCAUCUGAACGAGACGUUCGACGAGGCUCAGGCGAGGGACGCCGCCAAUGCCGCCGCCGCGAUCGCCGAUGCUGAAAAUGACGAGUUUUUCGCAGGGUACAAGAUGCUCGACAGAGAAGCCAUCAGGAGCGCCAAGGGUACCGUCCGAGGCGUUAAAAACAGAGUCAGGGCUGGCAUUGCGACGUUUCUACAACAGCCCGCUACCAAGAAUUACAAGUUGAAGGACGCGGGUAAGGUGGUGGUCUACACGACGACUAUGGGAAUAGUUAGAGAGACUUACUACGCUUGUACAAAGGUUAAGCAGAUACUGAGGACGCACAUGGUGAAAUACGAGGACAGGGACAUGUUCAUGAGCACCGAGUACCAGAAGGAACUUAGGGACCGCAUCCAAACGACGACCAUCCAGGUGCCGCAGCUCUUCAUCGACGGGCAAUACAUAGGGGACGCUGAGGUCGUCGAAAGGCUAAACGAGUCCGGAGAACUACGGCGCAUGCUUAAGCCUUACAAGAGCCCAGAUGCAUGUACGACUUGCCAGAUUUGCGGGGGAUAUCGUCUAUUGCCAUGCUCGGUGUGCAAUGGUAGCAAGAAAUCAGUACACCGCAACGAUUUUACGACGGAGUUCGUCGCGCUCAAGUGCAUGAACUGCGACGAAGUCGGCCUCGUACGAUGCCCACAUUGCUGACUAUAGACUACGUACUACAGCUGCUCAACUACUCGAUUCAACCUCGACUAAGACUCGACUCUAACAACGACUCAACCUUAAACCUUAACUCACCUUCGUCAUAACUUGAACAUUAUACGUAUAGCAUAAUUAUAUUAUACCGUUGAAUUAUAUUUAUCUAUGUAUACCGCGUUCGAAGGAGAGAAGAAAGAAAAAAGAUGAUGUUAUACCGUAUGCAGCGUAUGCAAACGUUCGUAUCUACGCAUAUACGGGGUGGCCCGUUUUCGAAACUAGAUGUGUUUUUAAAAAAGUUUCAGACUAACGGUUCCACGGUAUCGGGGGAGACACAAUUUUCCAUAUCGUUUUUCCAUUCAGGUGUUACCAUCUCGAAAAUUUUCCUCUUACAAAAGGCAACCAAUUUUUUUUGCCAGAAAAAAAUUGCACCACGAUUCAAGAUGGAUUCGAACGUGUCCGUUAACGUGGAAUUUUUUUUGUAAGUCGUUUUCCGAAUUUUGGUGAAGAUAAUUUACAAAAGGAACGAAUAUCGCUGAAUCGUCUCGCCCUCGAUGACACAACGAGACUCGUUCCAGCUGAAAUUUUUUUCUGAAAUAUCCGAUCACCCUGUAUAUACGUACCACGUAUUAUUUAAGAGAUAAAGUGCUAUAUGUAUUAAGGAGUAUAAUUAUAUUAUACACAACAGCUAUAACUACGCUAUACAAUAUAGACUAACGCAUCGUGUACUCGGGAAGUAAAUAAUUGACGGGAUGGAUACGAAGACGGUCUACGCCAGUCGUUAAUUAGAUGUAAAAAUAUAAUCAAUUACGUAUGCGAGAGCAUAUUUAGAAAGAAGAGGAAGAAAAAAUAUAAUAAUAAUUACAAAAUUAUUAAAAACUGUACAAUAUAUCGAUCAAUAAAAUUUCAAAACAUUUUUUAUAAUUAA